AUGAGAGCGUUGAUGUUAAUCUCUACCGAUUGGAUUGAACCAACGCAUGAAUACACGAGAAUAUCGGACAAAAUCCCCCCCGCCGCACUUGUCAAACCAUUCUUUCAGUUGGCAUCUAAACGGAGCUUCUGCUUCUGUUAGAGCCAAUGUAGGUUCUUGAAUACUACUGCUUAAAGAUAAUUUACCCGGUACCAACGGUCUUGAAGUUACGAUUAGAUUGUACUGACUUGUAAUUUGUCCAUUUGUUGUCGUUGGUAAGGAUGCCUUCAGAGCAUAUCAUGAUUGUUACAACUGCUCAAACAUUUCAAAGACUCACAACGUUUCGCAAUACUUGACAAUGGCAAAAUAACUACUCGCUCCUCCUAAACCAUCCAUCCCCAGUCACAAAAUUCACAAACAGCACUCUAUUACAUCUCAAUCUACUCCUGCCAGUAAUCCCACAAUUUAUUCCAAACACCGUAAGUCUUGAUUUUCGCUAACCCUAUUAAACCAUGCAAGCAUCUGACGAUCCUCAGCACGACCUCACAAACCCAAUCAUCUCCGCUCGAACAUCCAUUCUGUACCCAUCAUCGGAUUACGGAAUCUUACACGCUCUACUGGAAAGAAAGUCCUCGAGCUACCAAGCCGGAGAAGAUCUCAGAAUCUAUAUUAUUUAUUUAUUAAAAUAG